AUGAUUCUCGGGUAACUGUGUUUGAAUAUGUGCCACUCAAUUCGAAUCUUGUCCUUUUCCGAUAAUUAACUCUGGUUGAUAACUUAUUUCAAAUCCGGCACUCAACCACCAUUCAAUGUACCUACUUAUAUGGACUCAUAGCUCCAUUGAUGUACCAAUAUCCCAAAUCUCUUCCAAUCUACUUCAAAUUUCACAAAAAAUGGAUCCAUCUGAGUGUCCUUUUGAUCUUGCAGCAUACAUUCAAAAUAGUCAAAUUGAAGAAGCUUAUGUACUCAACCGAUUUAGAGAGCGUCGAAGAAAAAUUCGAGAAGAUGCUGCACCUCGUAGUAGAAAAUAUCUCGGUAGAGAUCAUACAGCGGCAAACCAGAUGCUAAUUGGCGACUACUUUGCCAAUGAGCCUACAUAUGACGAUGCAAUGUUUCGUCGUCGGUACCGGAUGCAAAAGCAUCUUUUCCUUCGAAUCGUUGAUGACCUUUCAAGUAGUGAUAACUACUUCACCCAACGCGUUGAUGCAGCCAAUAAACAAGGUAUAUCACCCUUAGCAAAAUGUACCACAGCAAUGCGAAUGUUAGCAUAUGGUGUGGCAGCAGACGCGGUCGAUGAGUACAUCAAAAUUGGAGGUACUACAGCAUUGGAGUGUUUACGUAGAUUCUGUAAAGGAAUCAUACGAUUGUAUGAGCAACAGUACCUGAGAGCACCAACCCAAGAAGACCUGCAAAGGAUAUUACAUGCUAAUGACAUGCGGGGGUUCCCAGGCAUGAUCGGGAGUAUUGACUGCAUGCACUGGGAGUGGAAAAAUUGUCCUAAAGCAUGGGAAGGUCAAUUUACUAGAGGGGAUAAGGGAACCACAACAGUUAUUCUUGAAGCAGUUGCAACUUAUGACCUAUGGAUCUGGCAUGCCUUUUUUGGAUGUCCUGGAACGUUGAACGACAUAAACGUUCUAGAUCGGUCACCAGUGUUUGAUGACGUGGAACAGGGAAAGACUCCAGCCGUGAAUUUCGUUGUGAAUCAACGUCCCUAUAAUAUGGCAUACUAUCUAGCCGAUGGUAUCUAUCCUUCUUAUCCAACUUUCGUCAAAACGAUUAGACUUCCUCAAAGUGAACCCGAUAAGUUAUUUGCAAAAGUUCAGGAGGGAUGUCGGAAGGACAUCGAACGUGCAUUUGGAGUUCUUCAAGCUCGUUUUAAAAUCAUCCGUGAACCAGCUCGCUUGUGGGACAUAGAUGACUUGAGUAUCAUUAUGAGGUCAUGCAUCAUAUUACAUAAUAUGAUUGUCGAGGAUGAACGAGAUACAUAUGCUCAACGUUGGACCGAUUUUGAGCAAUCUGGGGAAGGUGGAUCUAGUACACAGCAACCAUACUCGACCGAGGUUUUACCCGCUUUUGCAAAUCAUGUGCGUGCUAGAUCCGAGUUGCGUGAUUCAAAUGUUCAUCAUGAACUGCAAGCAGAUCUAGUGAAGCACAUCUGGGCAAAGUUUGGAAUGUCUCAGGAUUGAAGAUGAUUUGUAUCGUACUAUUUACGUUAUUUGUGUGUUGUGUGCUUAGUUUUUCCUUGUCUUGCAUUUUAAGAUAUUGUGUGCUUAGUUUGUUGUCUUGCAUUUUAUUUUAAGAAAAUAAAAUAAAUUCUUGUAUG